CUCACGUCGGACACGCACCCCCCGCGCAUGCGUAGUGCGCAGGUGGACUAUGGCUCCUCUCCAGCGAGCCUCUGUGUUGUCUCCGUGUCUCCAGGAGAAAUGCUGAGACUGUUGGUGAAGCAGCAAGUCGACGCGGUCGUUGAAGAGGCUUUUGUGCUGUUGGACACAUUAACAGCAGCUUAUGAGGACACCGUGUCUCGUUUAGGAGAACAUGAGCUCCACACAUCAGCAGGUUACGAGCCUCUCAGUGAACUUUGAGAGCGAAGGCAUGCGCCGUGUUUGAAUCCCUGAGCCCUGCGGAGCACAUCAGGUCAGGCUGGGCGAGAUGGGGAGACGGUCCCCUGAACACGAGAAGACCGAUGAUGACCAGAGCAGCCUGAACUCAGAGGUCCCCCCUGAGGGCCUGGACCAGGACCAGAAGGCCCCGGAGCCCCUCCACAUAAAAGAAGACCCGGAUCCCCUCCACAUAAAAGAAGACCCGGAUCCCCUCUACAUAAAAGAGGAGACGGAGCCCGUCCACAUAAAAGAAGACCCGGAUCCCCUCCACAUGAAAGAAGACCCGGAUCCCCUCCACAUGAAAGAGGACCCGGAGCCCCUCCACAUAAAAGAAGACCCGGAUCCCCUCCACAUGAAAGACGACCCGGAUCCCCUCCACAUGAAAGACGACCCGGAUCCCCUCCACAUGAAAGAAGACCCGGAUCCCCUCCACAUGAAAGAGGACCGGAUCCCUCCACAUAAAGAGGACGGGCCUCCUCGUAAAGGGGCCGGGCCUCUACAUGAAAGAAGACCGGAGCCUCUACAUAAAGAGGAGCCGGGCCUCCACAUAAAAGAGCCUGGGCCCCUCAUAAAAAGGAGCCCCUCCUCAUAA